AUGAAGUGCGUUUGCGAUCAGGCUUUGAAGGAACAGCGAUGCGAGCAAGACCCUCCUGUUGACGACUUUGGUGGCCUCGCUUGCCCUCCGCUGGACGACCUUGAAGCUGUCUUCAUCCUUGAAACCGUGACUUUCGAUCCUUCCAAGUUGUUCGACGACGUCAAACUUGAUGACCACGACAUGGCAAUUCAUGGGAAGCCCAAGAAACCACCAUCCCACGGCAAAGGGGAGAAUUUGGAGACCGUCCGCUUGAUGCUAAGUGCACCACCUUAUUCUUCUUGUCUACAAAACCCUAAGGAGACCACAAAAUCUGAUCCUCAUCAUCAACGGCAAGACUAG